AUGGUUGGAACACAAAUCACGAUAAUCUCUAUGGCUUCGACAAAUCUCAAAGAUUUCACUAUCUAUGACUCUUAUACAGGACAAUCAAGAGAGUUAAGUCGCAUUGGAAUCGACGUACCUGUUGAUUACCUAAAUGAGCUCGACCACAAACCUUACAUCAACAUCCCAAAAUUUUGCGACACGGAAGAAGGAUUUCAAUUGGCGAAGUCCAUCAUUCACAGCAACAUCCCACCAUCCACUGCAUCAGGAAUCGUUGUAUCUUUUAUUGCUAAAGUAAUGGAAUCGAUAACAGGAAUUUUGCAAGACGAUUGGAAAUCGUAUUCAGUUAUUAUCGGUCACAAAGGAGAUACAAUCAGCCCCCUAUCACUACUAAAUAUCAAGAAAACAGAAUUAGAGUUUUCAGGUGUCAAACCUGAUACUACAGCAGCUGUGACAGAUUAUGCAAUUGCAGCAAAAGCUUUGAAGGUAUACCGAAUCGCUCAAGCUCCAGCCGCUCAAAUGGGUUACAAAGCAGAAUUGGUUCGAAGAAUCGGAGAAGUUUUCAAAAUGGAACCAUUCAAUCUGGACUCUACAGCCGGGGGUGAUGAACGUACCACACUGGAUUCAAGACCAAGAUUAUUGUAUCUUAGUGUCAGCAAUCGAUAUGUUCUUCAGAAAAUUCCCGAAUCACAAAUUCGAAAAGUAUCGAGCAUGCACUCUGGGCGCAUUUUUGAAAGAUUGCGUAGUGAUAACAUCUUUGAAUCAAGCAGCGCAAUGCCUUUCUAUUGA